AUGCUGGUCGGAACGAUGCAACAGGAAGGGCCUCCUCCGGCCAAAGUGAGGGCGACAGACUUCUCCAUCGCGGCGAUAAUGGCGAGGCCGUCACCGCCAACGCCGCCUACAGGAGGAGACAGCUGUUCGGACAGCGAGGAAGUGGAAGUUGAUGUUGAGGAGUGCUCUGAGAGCGAAGUGGAGGCCAAGCCUAGCUCGGAGGCCUCCGACUCCGAAGGACGAGAAAGUCCUGCAGGAUCAACCAGGACGCGGUGUAACUGCCAGGACCUCCUUGGGGUGACCUGCCACCUCGAGACCAAGGAGCUCUGGGACAAAUUCCACGAGCUCGGCACCGAGAUGAUCAUCACAAAGACUGGAAGGUAUGGACUUUAUUAUUCCAUUAUUCCACCAAUAAUAUAA